AAAUCGGUUAAAAAAUAUUUUAAAAUCAAAUUUUCCUUUUACUAUAAAAUUAUUUUACAAUUUAAAUAUUUACGUAAUUUUUAAGCGAAGCUUUUUAUUUUAAAAGUAUUAUUUUAUGUAUUUAUUUUUAGAAGUCAAAAACAGAUUAAUGAACAUAUUUUAAUUUUAAUAUUUUAAAAAGCGUACUUAUAAAUUUUUCUAUUUUUUAAAUUCAAAAUUAUAUCAAAUUUUAAAUCAUAAUAAGCUUAAACUUAGAUAAAAAUAUUAAACAAAAAUUCUAUAAAAAUCAAAAUAUAUAAUGUAUUCUUUUGAGCUCAGAAAAGAAAGUUAUUCUAAAUAUAUUGUUACUUUAAUAUUUAGCUUAGGCUUUUUUAUUCGAAUUAUUUUACUCAAAAAUAAAAAUCUUGUAUCUUUAUUAAGCAAUCGUGUUGAAAUAGCUACUGCAGUAACAAGUUAUAAACGGCUUAAAGAAGGUCUUUUUCUUUAUGAACAUGGAAUUUCUCCAUAUAGUGGAGGUUUAUUUCAUCAAGCACCUUUAUUACUUGUAUUAUUUUCAAUAGUUAAACUUAUUUCUAAUUCCGAAAUGCUUGUAUUAUUGCUUUACGCGCUUAUAGACAUAUUUUCUGCAUGGUCUCUUUUGGAUUUAUCAGACUCUAUGUUUUCAAAAGAUUCUUCUUUAAAUCAUUGGAAAAAAUAUAUUUCUGUUUCCUUAUUCCUUUUUAAUCCUUAUUCUAUUAUCUCUUGUGUUGGAAUGUCAACUGCUAUUUUUACUAAUUGUUUUAUAUUAACUAGCCUUUCUUAUGUACAACGCAGAAAAUCUAUACAAUCUAUUUUUUUUUUAGCUUUGGCAACUUAUUUAAGUUUUUAUCCCAUUGUUUUAUUUCCACCAUUAAUACUUAUACUUCAAAAAAAUGAUAUUAAAAAAAAGGACUCUAUUUCUAGAAAUAUUAUAUUAUUUCUUAUAGAAUUAUUAUUAUUAUUGUUAUUGAGUUUUAUUACAACUAAUUCAUGGGAUUUCUUAUCUGCAACAUAUGGGGCCAUAUUAUCUGUAUCUGAUCUUACACCCAAUAUUGGACUUUGGUGGUAUUUUUUUACAGAAAUAUUCGAUUCAUUUAGAUUGUUUUUUGUUUUUGUUUUUCAAUUGCACAUAUUCAUUUAUAUAAUACCACUAUGCAUACGAUUAAGAAAAUAUCCUUUUUUUAUAAUUAUUAUAUUAUGCGGAUUAAUGUCUAUUCUUAAAUCAUAUCCAUCGAUUGCAGAUGUAGUGUUAUUCAUGUCAUUAUUUCCAUUUCUUCAUUCAAUUUAUUCAUAUAUGCGUCAUAUUUUUGUAACAACAAUCUGUUUUCUUUAUUGUACUUUUCUUGGACCAGCCUUUUAUUAUCUUUGGACAUAUAUUGGCUCUGGAAAUGCAAACUUUUUUUAUAGUAUCACACUCGUUUGGAAUUUCAAUUUAAGCAUUAUUAUAACUGAUAUAGUCUUUGCAAUAUUAAAAAUGGAAAUGGAAAUAGAAAGGCCUGAUAUGAAAGGAAUUGAUGUUAUUCAAGCAAAUUAUUAAGAUAAUUUUUUCGACAGAAUUUUAUAAUCUGAGUCUAUAAUUUUAUCAGAAAACUUUCUUAAAAGCGGUGAAAUUUUAUCUUGAGAAUAUCUAAUAAUAAAUAGUUUUCUAAAAUAAUACUAAUAUUUAGAAUUACCCCAUUUUUUCAUAAAAACGCAAUGCAGAUAUAUUGCAAUUAAAUACAGUUAACAUAACUUUUUGAAGACCUAAUUUUAGACCCAAAAUUUCCAUUAUUUUCAUAAGAUUAUAUCCAACACCGAAUCCACGAUAUGCUUGUAGAACUUGUAUUUCAUAACUAAAAUUUGUAAAUCAAAAAAACAUUUAUCUCUAUAAAUUAUAGUACCAAUAAAUAACAUGCUCACCUACUUCAGUUACAAUUUGAUAACUUAAAAAUCCAA